AUGCAACCACUCAACCCAUACUUGCGCGCCUUCUUCCGGAGCGCACUGCCGGCGCAAUGUCAGCCGAUAAGCCACCACGUUCUGCUGGUGCCCACCACCGAUAUCUUGCUCAACUCCAAGGAUCGCGAGUCGAACACCUCCUAUGCUGAUCUUGCGGGCACCGAAGACUUCUUGGCCAGCCAUGUCUUGCGCGUGCCAGGAGGUGGACAGCCAUCGUCAGGCAGCGGCAAGGACGGCAGCAAUGCGCGGGAGAACAAGAGCAAGGCGAAACAGUUUUCCACCAUUAAUGGCAGGACCGUCGUGGUGAAGGACUCUUUCGUCUACAGCAACAAGGGCUUCAAGACGCUCAACCAAGCACAGCUGCUCAGCGACACAAUCUACUAUCCGGAUGUGGCUGAUGGGCAGCAAUGGCUGGUUUACUACAUCUCGCGGCCUCUGAUAGGCAUAUACCAACCGACGCCAAUCACCCCUGCUGUCAUUACAGAUGAGCCAAGUAGGGAGCGAAAGAGGGUGCUUGCAGAGGCCUCCACAGACACAGCAACAGGCUCGACUUUGGGCCCACCUGUACCGAAGAAGAAGGACAUAAAAACGUUUGGAGAUCUCAUGGUACAGUUCCCGAUGAUCUCCAGGCAAAUGCAGAGCGGUCUGGAGAAGAUCAUUCGUGAGUUCAUCGCAGUCAACGACAAGCCGCUUCCGAAACCGAAAUCAAGAAGGUCCUCCGUGAGCUCACAGCUUUCUGGGCCAUCAAUCAGUGACUCGGUCUCAACGAUCAAAUCAUCGCUGUCUGGGAUUAGUACCAUCCAUCCAACAUCCCUGGAGCUAGAGCCGGGAGAGGAAACCAUGCGAACCUCUCUGGAGACGGCUGUCGUCUCUGCAAUUGACCUCUUCCAAGGUGUAGACAAGCAGCAAUUGUCCCUGUUGGGUGCCAACACUGAGCUUACUGGACCGGUCGUUGAGCGCAUGAUAGAGCGGUACAUCACCGAACAGGUACAUGACCAGAAUCUGUUCCCCAGAGUCUGCGCGAUACGUCGACCAGAUGACAGCGAUCUGGAGCACAAGAUCCGCAAAAUGGCCGAUGUUGAUAUCGCGCAGGUUGGCAUCCCUGUGGAAGAUGGUAUGAAGGGCAAGCGCAUGCUGGCAACUCGCCUUAACAAAGGUAUCGAGGCAUUCAGGCGGAUGGGCGUUGCAAGUAGUCCACAAGAAAUGCUGGGCAUCUUGCUAGCCACGCAGAAGGCCAUAACUGCAACCGACCGUGCACAAACUUCGGAUGGAGAAGGCGAACAAGAAGCGUCACCUCUCACCAUCAACGCUGAUGUCCUGGUCUCAAUGCUAUUGGUUGUUGUGAUACGCAGCGGAGUUCGACAUCUUCAUGCGCGACUACUGUACAUGCGUUACUUCAUCUUCAUCGACGAAGUGGAGAGUGGUGAGCAAGGUUAUGCUCUUGCAACAAUGGAAGCUGUAUUGGUACAUCUCUCAAGUGGAUCAUCUGUGCUGCGAAAGGCCAGCAAACGCAACAGGCUGCUUUGGCAGGCUGUGAAGACUGGCGAUACUCAUGCAUUAGAAGCCAUUCUUCAGCCAGAGUGGCAUUCUGAGCGUGGAUCUUUCACCUCCUCGCCACGUGCACUGGAAGCGCAGUCUUCCGACGAUGAAGAUAUCUCCGACUUAUCGUCACACGACAACACAAUGCUUGAGCAGUCAGUCGCUAGCUCGACACAAGACUUUGCAGCUCUGAACGGCUCCCUCGGACACGUAUUUCCUUUCCAGCGACCUCCGACACCGCCUCCCGAGCAAGCGAACAUCAAAGUGAAGAAGCGUGUCUCGAUGGCUUCGCUACCUAGAAGUCAGUCUGCAUCGUCUGGAUACUCAUCGAGGUCACACUCACGCCAGAAAAGUAUUGACUCUGACAUGGGCACGACCAUUGGCAGCGAUCUAUCCACAGAGAAACUCGCACAGACACAAGAUGCGGAUGGCAAUUCAGUACUGAUGAUGGCUAUAGACGCUGGCAAGCAUGAAGCUCUGCGGUUCUUGCUCAGUCUACCAGCUCACUUCCGCGUAGACUUUAUCAUCGAAGACGUCAACAACGAUGGAGCCACCUUAUUGACUUCUGCUGUUCAGUCUGGGAAUCACGUCGUCACUGAAGAGAUCAUCACCUACCUGGAGAAGCAUGCAUCUGAGGAGCAGCUGAGCCAGUACCUUCGGACACAAGACGGCAACGGCCGUUGCUUCGCGCAUUAUCUGUUCCACCAACCUCAUCUGAUACGACGAUUUGGCAAGAAGCUACCGUGGAGGCUAAAAGACAAGAACGGUCAGACUCCGCUGCUCGCACUUUGCAGAUCCUACGAUCACGAGCAAUAUCAUGUCAUGGUCGAAGAAGCUCUGGCAUUCUGCACUGAUACACAAGGCGAUCAUGAGCCGCUACAUCUUGAUGAUCAUGUCGAUGCGAAAGGCAAUACACUGCUCCACGUCGUCAAUGACAUGCAGCUUACUCUCAGGAUGCUGAGACACUGCGAUUCGGAUGUAAAUGCUGCAAACGACAAGCGAUUCACUCCCCUCAUGACGGGCAGCAAGUACGGCCGCAUCGAUCUGGUGAGAGCACUCUUCGGCGAUCCUCGGGUGGACAUGACUCUGAAAUGUCUUCGUGGACUGACUGCUGUCGAGCUGGCGAAAGAUGAUGAAAUGAGGAACCGUAUAGACGACCUGGUACUGCUGUCCACGCCAGCCAAUAGUGACGGACGUACCACAACCAUUGUACGCUCCUUUUUCGUGGAAGACUGUACGAUCCGGCUUGUCCUCAAGUCCGGCGCGCCGAAUGCGAAUGGAAGUGUCACCGUGACUACUUGCAGGAGGUCAGUGACUGACUUUGAGAAGUUGACAAGAUGGCUGGCUAUCGAAUGCCCUGCAAGCUGGCUCCCUGCGCAUCUCAACCUACCAUCGCCUUUUCUGAUACCGUCGAAGCCUUCGCGAGUAGUCUUGCGUGACAUCCAGAUCAGGCUCGACCAAUUGUUCCAUAGUCUACUCACGCAUGGCACGUUCUCUACACACGAGCUGGUUUGGGAGUUCUUCCUUGUACCAGAACUGGACACUGACAUGCUCAACGAGCGGAGCAAGCGCAAAGCUGAGACUCGUGUAGAGAAUGUCAAAGACGACUUCGAGCCAGUCAAAGACACACAAGAGGUCGAGAACUUUGCAGUGUUCUCCAGAGAGCAGGUACGAGGCGUUACCCAAGCAGUCAGAAAGGUCAUUCGCGUCACGAACCGGCAGAGGAUGAUGCACAAUGAAUGCUUUGAAGCAUCGAUAUUGGCAUCGAGUGCUGUAUCGACGUUACAGUUCCUGCCUCAGCAAUACCUAAUGGCUUUCGAACGUUUCACCAAAUCGCUGGUGCAAAGCGAGGCAUCGCCUUUAGCAGGCCUAUACUAUGCUCUCCACUCCAUCCAGUCUACCAGUACUGCAAUGCAGGUCGCCACAGAGCGCCCGGCAUACCUCAUCGGCAGCAUGGCACAAGCACAACGUGCGAUCGACAAGAGCAAGAACUCAAUCUCCCGCUCCAAUCGUUGGACUCCCAACAUUGGCUUCUUUGAAGAUGCCAAAAAGGCUGUAGCGCUCGAAGCAUGGGACAAAGCAGCGAAGGCCCGGGGAGAGCUUGAGACACUGGGACGUGAGCUGAGGUACACGCAGCAGACCAUCGCAGGUGAUCUGGCCGCCUGGCAGGAGCAGCAUGUUAAAGAUGGUCGUGCUAUGCUAAGAAAGUUGGCAAAGGAGAGCAUAGUGAAGGAGCGGGCCAAAUUGGAGUCGAUGAAGCGAAGCCUGCGCGAGAUCACAAAGAUGCGGCCGAGCUUAGCGGACGUUGACAAUACUGUGUAA